AAGAAAGGAUACCCUUUGCUUUCAGUCUCACACACAUUCAUUCCUCCAUUGAUGUUGGUAGUGGUCCAUAGAUUCCCAAUAUAUAAGGAGUUCAUCUUUAAGAAAACUACUGAUGAAAAAUGGAAUGGAAUGGCACCUUAUCCUUUGUUCCUGGACAACCCCCUUCUCUUACUUCCCUUUACAACUAUAACUAUGAUCAAUAUUUUCCAGGUAUGGAGAUGAUGAAUGUAGGAUUAGCAGAGGCAGCAGCUAUGGAGAAGAAGAAGAAGAAGAAGAAGAUAUACAUGAAUAAUGAAGAGAAGAAGAAGCGUUUGACAAAUGAGCAGUUGGAGUGGUUGGAGAUGAGUUUCCAAGAAGACAUAAAGUUGGAUCCUCGGAGGAAAAUGAAGCUUUCCAGGGAGCUUGGACUCCAACCAAGACAAAUCGCUGUCUGGUUCCAAAACAGGCGUGCUCGUUGGAAAGCUAAGGAGCUUGAGCGCUUAUGCAAUGCGCUUCAACAUCACCUCCAUCUUGUCUCCAAGGAGACCCAAAAGCUUCAACAUGAGGUCUCGAAAUUGAAAGCCAUGCUAAGGGAACAACCAACAAGAAACCAAGUCUCCACAGGUUACACGGAAAUCUCCGGGGAAGAGACCAUCGAAAGCACCUUGAUUCAUUGCUCUAACAAAUAUAUGGUUGUCCCAAACAACCAUCAUCCGAUCGCUGAUCAAUGCAGCUAUCUUUUCAAUGUAGACAAGAAUAACCCAAACCCAGUAGGUUCAACCUACUGGGGUGAGCAGCUGCCUACUAAUCCCUAAUGAACUCCUAUCUUCUUAAUAGAGUUUGUUAAUUUA